AUGUCAAUUAACGCUGAUAACGCUGAUGAUAUAGCACAGAAAUUGGUGAACGAUCUGAUCGACAGUUGCACACUUCGUGAAUGUUUUGAGGUGCACCGACGUUUGGCAAUCAAUCGGGAAAUGGGAAUUCGACAAUUGUCCCCAAAACCGCACACACCAAAGAUCGCCACUUUCACGCCAAGCCGAGGAAAACAAAUUGAAUGUCAGUGCACAAAUUGCGGUCGGACAAUCGCCGUUACCUAUUAUGCGCCGCAUCUGGAGAAGUGCAUCGGAAUGGGAAGAAGGGCUGCUCGGCGAAAAGUGCAAUAUAACGAAAAAGCGAGCGAAUCCGCGCCCGGAAGUGUCCAAUCCCAAUUCGACGAAGAGGAAAUUGAGAUCCGAAGUGAAGAUGAAGAGGAUUGGGGAGCCGCGAAAAAGAAAAAGAAGCGCAGCAAGAACUCAAAGAAGAAGUUG